AUGCAUGGUUCACACAACGGCAAAAUAAUUGACGGUGCCAGCUUUCGGACAACGCUUUGUGUAAUACCACGUAUCCUCCACGUGUUAUCGGAUACUUCCUCUGUAGCCCCUAUAUUAACCAAGUUGAGGCCAAGUCACACACCAGGUCUGAAGUUUCAGCAAGCUCAGCGCUUCUUCUGGAACGCCCCACAACGUGAGGUCUGUCAAUGGAAGCACUGGACGGGGGUUUUGGUCAUCUACGACGUUUCCAAUCAUCGGAUCGCUCUGUACUUUCUGGGGCCAUGCGACCUGAAAUGCGCCCGUAGUCUGGGCACCACACCUGUACGAGCUUCUCCUGCCUGCGCGAUAAAUGUUCUCGUGCGGCCGGUCUCUUGCAACAACCCCGCACAGCAUGCGGCGGAUGUUGUGUUCCUAAGUUGGGAAUGGCCCAGUAAUCGCCCUGCAGAAUAUCCUCAACCUCGCGGGCUGCUUAUCGUGGAAAGCACCCUCAGGAGGCAGGAUCUUCGAUCAGCAAUCUUGGCAGAUUGCUUUCGAAACCACAGCGGACCCACAAGUCCAAGCGGACGAAGCAGAACCUCAAAGCAAGGCUUUCAGAAACCAAGCUUGAAGAACCGAAGUAUUGCGACCCUUUUGCUUUUUGCCUGUGCCAGGUUCAACCUGUAGUACAGGGGCGGCCAUUAUCUCAUGCUAUGGCGCGGGCUUAGCGGAGAGUUAGGCGUUAUUGGUCAUGUUUCUCUGUACUUUUAUGAUUGAACUUUGCUUAUUUCUCACUUGAGUGAGGUCCCAAAAUUCUUGAGAUCUGGACAAGUAUGAAGGUGACGAUGCUGCUCAGCUUCAGGAAACGCGUGCUCGACAUGCGGCCAAGUAACGAGGUCUUGGUGCCUUCGAUACUGGUUACAUUA